UGUGCCACAGGAGAGUACAUUAAGACGUGGAGGCCCAGGUACUUCCUGCUGAAGAGCGACGGGACGUUUAUCGGCUACAAGGAGCGACCGCAGGACGUGGAUCAGCUGGAGACGCCGCUCAACAACUUCUCUGUGGCCCAGUGUCAGCUGAUGAAGACGGAGAGGCCGAAGUCCAACACCUUCAUCAUCCGCUGCCUCCAGUGGACCAGCGUCAUCGAGCGGACCUUCCACGUGGAGACACCGGAGGAGAGGGAGGAGUGGACCAAGGCCAUCCAGGCGGUGGCAGACAGCCUCCAGAGGCAGGAGGAGGAGAGGAGAGACUCGUCCCCAGACCCCUUCGAUGUGGACGUCUGCCCCUCCAAACCGCGUCACAGAGUGACUAUGCACAACUUUGAAUACCUCAAGCUGCUGGGCAAGGGUACGUUUGGGAAGGUGAUUCUGGUGAAUGAGAAGGCCACCGGGAAAUACUACGCCAUGAAGAUCCUGAAGAAGGAAGUCAUCGUGGCCAAAGAUGAGGUCGCCCACACGCUGACGGAGAACCGGGUUCUGCAGAGCUCCAAGCAUCCAUUCCUCACGGGACUCAAGUACUCCUUCCAGACACACGAUCGAUUGUGUUUUGUCAUGGAGUAUGCUAACGGUGGAGAGCUCUUCUUCCACCUGUCCAGGGAGCGAGUGUUCACAGAGGAGCGAUCUCGCUUCUACGGGGCGGAGAUCGUGUCGGCGCUGGACUACCUUCACUCUGAGAGGAACGUGGUGUACCGGGACCUCAAGCUUGAGAACCUGAUGCUGGAUAAAGAUGGGCAUAUUAAGAUCACAGACUUCGGCCUGUGCAAAGAGGGCAUCACGGAGGGGGCCACAAUGAAGACCUUCUGCGGCACACCGGAGUACCUGGCACCAGAGGUCCUGGAGGAUAAUGACUAUGGUCGUGCGGUGGACUGGUGGGGUCUGGGCGUGGUGAUGUACGAGAUGAUGUGUGGCCGGCUGCCCUUCUACAACCAGGACCACGAGCGUCUGUUUGAGCUGAUCCUCAUGGAGGAGAUCCGCUUCCCUCGAACCCUCAGCCCCAACGCCAAGGCCCUGCUGUCCGGACUGCUGCAUAAGGACCCCAAGCAGAGGUUAGGGGGAGGCCCAGAUGAUGCCAAGGAGAUCAUGCAGCACGCCUUCUUCUCCGGAAUGCAGUGGCAGGACGUCUACGAGAAGAAGCUGGACCCACCCUUCAAGCCUCAAGUCACAUCGGAGACAGACACACGCUAUUUCGAUGUGGAGUUCACUGGACAGACCAUCACCAUCACUCCCCCUGGGCAAGAUGACAGUAUGGAGUCCUUUGACAGUGACCGGAGGCCCCACUUUGAGCAGUUCUCCUACUCAGCCAGUGGAACUACAUAGCCCACCCCACCCCUCUCUUUCUAGCUAACUUUCUCUCUCUUCCUUUCUCUUUAGCCUGUCUAUUUCUCUUUCCUUUCCAUCUCUUUGUCUGUCUUUUUCUCUCUCUUGUUCCCUUUCUACCUGGCAAUGCAUCCCUGUCCCGGUCCUCCCCUCUGCUCUUCUUCACCCUUCUCUCCUCUGCCCUGUUCUCAGAUUUAUUAAAUAUCUUUGCUUGUCGCUUACCUUCUCUCUCUCUCUCUCUCUCUCUCUCUCUCUCUCUCUCUCUCUCUCUCUCUCUCUCUCUCUCUCUCUCAUUCUUUCUUUCUCUCUCUUGUUCUUUCUUUCUUUCUUUCUUUCUUUCUUUCUUUCUUUCUUUCUUUCUUUCUUUCUUUCUUUCUUUCUUUCUGUCUUUCUUUCUCCUGUCCUUCCUCUCAUAUCCAAUAUCUGCUCUGACCAUCAUCUUAAUCAGUGUCUCCAGCUUCUGCACUUCCAUCAUGAUCUUCUCCUCCCCUCCCCUCCCCUCUCCUCACCUCUCCUCUCUU